AUUUAGUAAAAAUGAUGGGUUUAGUGAAUUUAGCAAAGAUGAUAAGUUUAGUAUAGUCAGUAAAAGUAGUAGAUUUAGUGUAUUCAGUAAAAGUAGUGGAUUUGGUGUAUUUAGUAAAAAUAGUAGAUUCAGUAAAUUCAAUAAAAAUAAUGAGUUUAGUAAAUUCAGUAAAGCUAAUAGGUUCAGUAAAUUUAGUAAAAGUGAUGAGUUUAAUAUAUUUAGUAAAGAUAAUAGAUUUGGUGAAUUCAGUAAAGAUAAUAAGUUGAGUAUAUUUAGUAAAUAUGAUAAGUUUAGUAAAUUUAGUAAAGAUAAUAGAUUUGGUGUAUUUGGUAAAAAUAAUAGGUUUAGUGAAUCUAGUAAAAAUGAUAUGUUUAGUAAAUUUAGUAAGAGUAAUAGGUUUGGUGAAUUUAGCAAAAGUAGUAAGUUUAAUGGAUUUAGCAAAGGUGGAUUUA